UGAGAAGAGAGACUUCCGUGAGGUUUAUGGCCCCUUGAAUGGGCAUGACUCCGUAGGCCAGGUGCUGCUCCGGUCCGUCUUCAGGUCUGUGUGAACUCCAGGUCGGGUUUUCCAGUGCGCCUCUGCAGUGAGACACGCAGCCGGCUCGACGCUCUAGCCGUCUUUCUGAUCCUGGAUCGAGACUCACUUUCCGCAGUACGAAACGAGUGGAAUUUCCUUAAGUUGUUUUUUUUUAAAUACAUUCUUCCAAUUGAGUGUGGGGCAAGUACCGCCUCGGUACUGCAAAACGGGGGUUUAGAAGUAAACCCGUCGGGCCACCACGACGACGGAAAGGCGCGUGGCUUUGAUUUAAACGGACAUUCAUCGCGCUCUCCCCUAAACCGAGUGUUGCAUGGAGCAGGACAACUCCGGCUGCUGAAAACGACGAAAUGCUCAUUCUAAAUGAGCACUCGGGGUUCGUUUUCCUCAGCAUUCCAUAUUGGUAGGCCUAAUGGGGUUAUCUGGACUGCACGGAUCUGCGAUCUACCUGCGCGAACGCACUGGACGCGAUGAAAGUCUUUGUGCGCUGAUUUAGAGGUGACUUAUAAACCCUCGUUUUAUCUUGCGUCAAUAGGUCCGCUGGGACUAUUCCUCAAUCUAUGGAGAAUGAAUGGUGAAAGGAGGAGAACAACAGAUUGCUGAUGUCCACGUGACCUGCAUACUGUCUAGAUCUUCUAUACAAUCUAAACUAUUGUCCAGCAUCUGGAGACGGACUUGAAUAACCAAAAUGGCUAUGUCACUGUGGAAAUGUCCCCUCUUGCAUGGACUCCUGUUUACUGUGAUUUGUUUACAAUCUUCAGAAGCUUUCAGUCGUGCAGCACUGCCGUUUGGUCUGGUGCGCAGAGAGCUGUCCUGUGAGGGCUACCCCAUUGAUCUCCGCUGCCCUGGAAGUGAUGUCAUCAUGAUCGAAACUGCCAACUACGGCCGCACAGACAACAAAAUAUGCGACGCUGACCCGUUCCAGAUGGACAACAUUAAUUGCUACCUCCCGGAUGCCUAUAAAAUCGUAUCUCAAAGGUGUAACAAUCGGACUCAGUGUGUUGUCGUCACUGGCUCGGAAGUCUUUCCUGAUCCUUGUCCUGGGACAUACAAGUAUCUUGAGGUCCAGUAUGAAUGUGUGCCAUACAUUUUUAUUUGCCCUGGGACUCUGAAAGCAGUAGGAGAUCCAACCUUUGUCUUUGAGGCUGAACAGCAGUCUGGAGCUUGGUGCAAAGACCCCCUGCAGGCAGGGGACAAGAUCUACUUCAUGCCAUGGACUCCAUACCGCACUGACACUCUCAUAGAGUACGCCUCACUCGAUGACUUGAGAAGUGGUCGACAGACAACUACCUACAAGCUUCCGCACCGCGUUGACGGAACCGGGUUUGUGGCCUAUGAUGGGGCCAUCUUCUUCAACAAGGAACGCACUCGAAAUAUUGUCAAGUUUGACUUGCGCACACGGAUAAAGAGUGGGGAGGCCAUAGUCGCCAAUGCCAACUACCACGACACUUCACCGUAUCGCUGGGGCGGGAAAACGGACAUCGACUUGGCGGUUGACGAACGGGGACUGUGGGUUAUCUAUGCUACCGAGCAGAAUAAUGGACGUAUUGUUCUCAGCCAACUCAAUCCGUAUACUUUGCGCUUUGAGGCCACAUGGGAGACCAUCUAUGACAAACGCUCGGCCUCCAAUGCCUUCAUGGUGUGUGGCGUACUGCACGUGGUGCGUUCCACCUAUGAGGAGAAUGAAAGCGAGGCCAGUAAGAGCCAAAUUGACUAUGUGUAUAACACCAAACUGGGGCAAGGGGACUAUAUCAAUAUCCUCUUUCCUAACCAGUAUCAGUACAUCGCAGCUGUGGAUUACAACCCGAGGGAUAACCAGCUAUAUGUGUGGAAUAAUUUUUACAUUCUACGAUACGAUCUCGAGUUUGGGCCACCCGAUCCAGGCGAAGUACCGACUGUCUCUGAUGUCACGUCAACGCUACAGCCUGGAAGAUCGACACCUCCUGUCAUGAUCACAACUACCACCAUUGCCCACAGACCUGCGGCGCACAUGACCGUCACUCCCAAUCCUGUAGCAGUGGAGCACCCGGAUCUGCCAGCGGACCCCACUGCUGUCAGCCUCCCGCCCUCCAGCAAGCGCUUCUGUGACCGCACAGAGAGAAGAGGAAUAUCCUGGCCACAAGCACACAGAGGAGUGACGGUGGAACGUCCUUGUCCUAAAGGAACUCGAGGAAUCGCGUUGUUCCUCUGCACGACUGCCGACGGCAUCUGGAGUCCAAAAGGUCCUGAUCUCAGCAACUGUACUUCGCACUGGGUGACCCAGGUGGCACAGAAGAUCCGCAGUGGUGAAAAUGCUGCAAGUCUAGCCAAUGAGUUGGCACGUCACACUCAGGGCCCUGUGUUCGCUGGGGACAUUAGCUCAUCUGUUCGGCUCAUGGAGCAGCUUGUGGAUAUACUGGAUGCACAACUGCAAGAGCUUAAACAUGACGAUAAAGAUACAGCAGGACGUAGCUUCAACAAGCGUCAAAAAAGAGAGAGGACUUGCAGGGCCUAUACAAAGGCUAUUGUGGACACGGUUGAUAACCUCCUGAGGCCAGAAGCCCUUAAAUCCUGGGAGGACAUGAAUUCCACAGAGCAAACACAUGCCGCCACUAUGUUACUAGAUACCCUGGAGGAAGGAGCCUUUGUCCUUGCAGACAACCUGAUAGAGCCCGCUGUCGUCAGAGUGCCUGCCGAGAACAUCAUGUUGGACGUGUAUGUGUUGAGCACUGAUGGCCAAAUUCAGGACUUCAGGUUUCCACAGACCAGCAAAAGAGGAGCCACAAUUCACCUCUCAGCAAAUAUGGUCAAGCUAAACAGUAAAAACGGUAUUGCCAAGCUGGUUUUUGUCCUUUAUAAGCACUUGGGGCAUUUCCUUAGUACGGAGAAUGCCACGGUGAGACUGAUGGGUGAGGGCGGAGUCAGAAACCAUACCCUGACUGUCAAUUCCCACAUCCUCUCCGCCUCCAUCAACAAAGAAUCCAGCCGCGUGUUUGUGUCGGAACCAAUCAUCUUCACACUGGAGCAUUUGGAUACUGAGAACUACUUCAACCCAAACUGCUCAUUUUGGAACUAUUCAGAGCGGAGCAUGGUGGGAUACUGGUCAACACAAGGCUGCAAACUCCUAGCAACAAACAAGACUCACACCACUUGUUCUUGCAGUCACCUGACUAACUUUGCAAUCCUGAUGGCCCAUCGAGAUGCACAUGCGGGUGAGGGGAGCGUUCACGAGCUCCUGCUGACGGUUAUCACACGGAUGGGCAUCGCUGUCUCGCUUGUCUGCCUUGCCAUUAGCAUUUUCACCUUCUGCUUCUUCCGUGGCCUGCAGAGUGACCGCAACACCAUCCACAAGAACCUCUGCAUCAACCUCUUUAUUGCAGAGCUUCUCUUUCUUGUAGGCAUCAACAUGACCGAACCUCCGAUUAUUUGCUCUGUGAUUGCUGGACUUCUGCAUUUUUUCUUUCUUGCGGCAUUUUCCUGGAUGUGUUUGGAGGGCGUUCAGUUGUUCCUCAUGCUUGUGGAGGUCUUUGAGAGCGAAUUCUCUAGACGAAAAUACUAUUACGCAUCUGGCUAUCUGUUCCCCUGUGUGGUGGUUGGCAUUUCGGCAGCCAUCGACUAUAAGAGCUAUGGGACGAGGAAAGCCUGUUGGUUGAGAGUUGAUAAUCAUUUCAUUUGGAGUUUCAUCGGCCCUGUUACAUUCAUCAUUAUGCUCAAUCUCAUCUUUCUGGCGGUGACUAUGUACAAGAUGGUAAAACACUCAAUGUCUAUGAAACCUGAUUCCAGCAGACUGGAGAGCAUACGGUCCUGGGUGUUUGGUGCUUUUGCAUUGCUGUGUCUUCUUUGUCUGACGUGGUCGUUUGGCCUGUUUUUCUUGAACGACUCUUCAGUAAUUAUGGCAUACCUCUUCACUAUCUUCAACACCUUACAAGGGAUGUUCAUCUUCAUCUUCCACUGUCUUCUGCAGAAGAAGGUGCGUAAAGAGUACAGCAAGUGUUUCCGGCAGUCUCGGUGCUGUAGUGCUCUUCCCUCUGAAGGACCACACAGCGCUAACAAAUCCUCGGCCUCCAGGUCCACAGCUCGAUAUUCAUCUGCUACACAGAGCCGCAUCAGGAGGAUGUGGAACGACACUGUGAGGAAACAGUCAGAGUCUUCCUUCAUCUCCGGAGAUAUCAACAGCACUUCCACACUAAACCAAGGAAUGACGGGCAACUAUCUCCUAACUAACCCUCUCCUCAGGCCUCACGACACUAACAACCGCUAUAACAACCUUCUUGCCGAAACCAUCGUCUGCAGCACACCUUCACCUCCAGGCCAGCACUCGCUGACCAACAGCCGUGAUGUCAGCACCAUGGACACACUUCCUCUCAACGACAACUUCAACAACAGUUACUCCCUCCGAGAGGACGACUACGAAGACCCUGCAUUGAGCUGCCCGACUAGUUGCGCUGUGCGCCUGGACGACGCUGCCUUUGAAAAGAUGAUCAUCUCCGAGCUGGUUCACAACAACCUGAGGCCUCGCAGGUUGCCGCAAAGCCAAACCAGCUCAAAAUGCCAACCAGGGUCCGACAGGGACAGAGACCUGGCUCCACAGGAGACCUGCGUCAGCGUUGACGGGGGUGUCGGGAACAGAAGCGAGAAUGGAGUCGACGUCAUAGUUGCUGAUGCCGACACCUCCGCUUUGCCACCAUCCGCCAGCCAUCAGGCACUGGAGCUUCUUCUCCUUCACCCAAACGACCGGGAGACCCUCGAGGUUCCGCUUUUGCCCCAACGAACUCAUUCGCUCCUUUACUGCACUCAAAAGGCAUCUCAGCAGGCCGUCAGGCCGCAGAAGGACAGCAGAGAGUCAGAAGAAGAUGAGCAAACCGCGAGAGAGGAAGACAACGCACCCUCGCCAAAUAACAGAGACUCAUUGUACACAAGCAUGCCCAAUCUCAGAGACUCUCAGUCCUCCUCACCUUCUGAAUCCCCCGACCUGGUCAGUGGACAGGAGGAUGGUUCCCCUUGCUCAUCUGCUCAAAGUGAAAAUGAGGAACACUGCUACAAGAGCUUGCCCGACUUGGGAGAUGGGACUCAAGCGCUUUCCUACUAUCAGAUUAGCCGAGGAGGCACUAGCGAGGGCUGCAUUGGCCCCAGGCUUCCCGAGGGCUGCCUUCCACUAGAGAGCGAACCCACUAGCGAUGGACAGAUGCAGCUAAUCACCAGCCUCUGAGCCAAGAAUGUCAACUUUUGUCCGUUUUCUUCUUUUGCCUCACAUUCUGUCUAUUCAGCCACAAACGACAGGAAGAGAGGGACUAGUCAACGGCACAAUGACUCUUUCUCACUUGUUUUUUUUUAGUAACAGAACUGACGGUCUGGUCAAACUCACGCAGAAAGUGUCAAGACUGGCAUCAUCUACAUCUGCCAAAAGCUUUGUACAGUAUACUGUAAAAAAGAAAAGAGAAAAAGAAACAUGCCAAUGUCUGAUUUUUGUAGAACUUUGAAAACUCUCCCAGCCAGUUUGCAGGUGAAUCUUCCCUUCUUGGAAAUACAGAAUGAAUGGAGAGAGACUGUGAUACAGAAAAUUAAAAGAAUUAAUAUCCCAGACUCAGGCCUUAUAUUUUCUCUAUUGCACAAAUAACUGUUGUACGAAUGACAACUAAAAAUAUAUUUUGCAGUACCAAGUGUAAAGAAAGACAGUUCAACCCAUAAUCAUCACAUCUCCACUUGUGAAUGAUGUGUUCAGAUAUGGAUUUUACCAUGAAAAUUGUAUUUUGCCAAUGUAUAUGUACAAAAAAAAAAAAGCUUCCUUAUUUUUAAUUUUUUUUUUUUAACGGAAGCUGUGUCUUGCACAGAUUUGGUAUGAAUUGGGCUAAUAUGUAAUUUCUUUUACUUAAAAAAAAAAAAAUGCUUUGACUUUGUCAGGGAUCAGUAACAUUCAUAUGUGUCAACGCAAUGUCUUAAGAACAUAUCUCAUUAUUUGGCACUAAAUAAUUUAUUGUAUGAAGUAUGGAAAUAAAAAGGGUUGGAAUGAGAGUGGGUAUGAUGUAACACUGUUGAUAUUCAUUUCAGUCUUUUUUAAGACCCCAUUACAGAUGUACAUUCAACUCUUGUUUGAUAUUGAAUAAAUGUGACAAUUUUU